UGCUCAGUCAGUGUGUGGAUCAGUAUACCAUGCACUACUCGAUGUUUAAGCAGUUUACUGAGUUUACAGACUGCGGUAUGCGAGAACGAUGUUGAAUUGAGUGCAGAAUUUGGAUUUAUGUGUCUGGCCUUUAGGAUUCGCAGAAACAUGACUCCACCCCUCUCUUCAUGAAGACCCCAAUGAUGGGGCGGAAUUACAGUCUUGACAGACAGAUAUAAAUGGCAGAAGGAUUGUGCUUGGGAGUCAUUUGGGAUAUUUGGACACUUCCUAGUAGUCUGAAAUUUAACAAUAGGUUUUUGAUGAACUUAUUUGGAGAAAAUGCAGAUUUUGCAGUUCUUGUUUUUAAUGCUCUCUCUGGGAGCUGCGCAGAAAAACACUGAGUGGGACUACAGAGCUGAAGCUGUGAAGGUGAAUGCCAGAGGAUGUGCCAAUCUCACUUUAGUCCUGGACAACUGGAAAUAUGCCAUUAUGACUCAAGUGAAAGAUCUGCUUCUCAAUGACCACAGCACUGUGCUACCGGACUAUGGGAGGAUUGGAUCUCUGUCUGAAGCCCUCAGCGAUCUAUAUAAAGAAUUCAACUCUUUAAAGGAGCGUCUGGGUGAGCUCACAUCCAAAUUUGAAGGAGUGGAGUCUUUUGUCGAUGAGGUUCGGUCAGGACGAGAGGAAAGACCCAGGGCAGAAGGAAACAUGGUGACCUCUGAACCUGACACCAGGCCAAGAGGCAAAAUCAGAGUGGUGAUUCGAAGAGUGAUGAAAGCAGAAAAUCCAUAGGUGUGAUUCUUCACUUCUUCACCUGUCAAACUCAGAGAAAGGAUUUAACAAAAAAAUAAAUAAAUAAAUAAACAGGACUAUAUUCAAGAUACUAUAGCUAUAUCAGUGAAGCCUGAAUAAAAUCUACAUUGUAUAGAUGAAGAUGAAGAUUGCACGUAUUGGAAUAAAAAUAGAAAAUGUAUUCCGUAGUGAAGCCAUGAUCUCUGGGAUACAGUUACUGAAUUUUAAUACUUUUUUACAUAAAGAGACGUUUACACUGAUCAUUCUGUAAUAUCUUUUUGUUGUUGUUGUCUCUAUACAUAAAUAGACAUUUACACUGAUGGGUAAACAUAAUCAUCUGAUUUUGUAAAUGUGAGAAGUGACAUCUGCAGGAAGCUCCCACUUUUUUGCUUAUGUCUACAGUAAUUGCUAACAUUUACAGAAUAAACCUACAAUAAAUAAUAAGUCUAUUUAAUGAAAGCAAAGGUCCAUGUUUAAUAAAAAAUAGUU